UUGAACGCACCCAUUUCUAUCAAAACAAAUUUGACAAGUUUAAAACAUGUGAAUUGAUAUCAAAAUUUGGACUUCAAGAUUAAUUUGUUUGUAAAACACAAUCAAUCUCUUUACAGUUUUUAUUAAAAUGUCUACGAAUGCAACAAAUAUCAAGGAUUUGGAGAAUGAAAUUGAAGCACUUAGUGCAACGUUAGAGACAAAGAAGGAGGAAUUGCAGCGACUACGUGAAUCAGAGAAGCAAAGUGCACCGGCGGUCAAUACCAGUUUGUUAACCAAUUCUGAAAUAAGUCGAUUUAGCCGGCAAAUUAUUUUGCCUGAAAUUGGUGUCAAGGGCCAAAUUGCGCUAAGAAAUGCCAAUGUGUUGAUUGUUGGAGCUGGUGGAUUGGGUUGUCCAUCGGCUUUGUACUUGUGUGGAGCUGGGAUUGGUCACAUUGGGAUCGUCGACUAUGAUACUGUUGAGUUGAAUAACCUUCAUCGUCAAAUUGUGCAUCAAGAGCAGAGCAUUGGCAUUCCAAAAUCGGUGUCGAUCAAAGAGCAUCUUGCGAAACUAAAUUCGUCAAUAAAAGUGACUGCAUAUCAAGAGCAACUGAACUCACAAAAUGCCCUGGAAAUCACUCAAAACUAUGACAUUGUGUUGGAUGCCACCGACAAUGUAGCAACGCGGUAUUUAUUGAAUGAUGCUUGUGUUUUCGGUGCAAAGCCGUUAGUUUCAGGCAGUGCAUUACAAUUCGAAGGCCAACUUACGGUCUAUAACUAUCGAAAUGGUCCUUGCUAUCGCUGUCUAUUCCCAAAACCACCUCCGCCAGAAACGGUAAUGAAUUGCGGUGACGGUGGUGUCAUUGGUGCUAUUACUGGGAUAAUUGGGACUUUGCAAGCACUCGAGGCAAUCAAAAUAAUAACUGGCAUUGAAACCACCCUGAGUGGUCGACUUCUUUUAUUCGAUGGAAUUAACUCAACAUUCCGCAAUGUAAAACUUCGGAGAAAAUCAGUGAAUUGUGAAGUCUGCGCUGAACCGAGAAAAAUUACUUCAUUGAUAGACUAUGAACAGUUUUGUGGAAUGAAAGCAUCCGACAAAGAUAUGAAACUGGAAAUACUACCGCAAAAUCAGAGAGUCUCAGUUCAAAUUCUCAACGAAAGACGCCAGAAUAAUGAUCGUCAUUUGUUGAUCGAUGUACGAUCGGAGAAUGAGUACGAAAUUUGUCAAUUGAAUCGGUCGGAAAAUUAUCCAAUCAAAAUAUUUCAAGAUGAAAAUAGCAUCAGCAGAAAGGCUCUUGUCGAUAGAAUAAAAGGAGAAAAAAUUCCACAGGUGUAUGUCAUUUGCCGACGAGGAAACGAUUCACAAAUUGCUGCCAAGAAACUUAUCGAAGAACUAGAUGAGUCCACAGCUACUAAGGUUCAUGAUAUCAUUGGUGGAUUACAUGCAUGGACACAUCACAUUGAUACAAAUUUUCCAAAAUAUUAAAUUUGAAUGGACGAUAUUUUAAAAGAUUUUCUAUUUGUAAUAAAAAAAUAUAAAAUGGCGUUAUUUUAAUUAGUUCAAAAUCGAUUUGCUUACUAGCUUUUGAGCGAGAUAACAAAUAUAGCCAUGACAACGUUUUUUAAAAAUACUAGCGUUACAAUAACGCAAGACAAUGAAAAUUUCAAUUGAUUCGGCUGCUUUACCUAUUAAAUAUAUACUGUAGUUGAUGGAACAUCAACGUUAUGGAUUUCUAGACAAAAUGGUAUAAUUUAAUAUUGGUCGUAUUAAACAGGUCGUAAUUUGUAUUUGUGAUAAUAUAUUUCAACAUUUUUUCAUUUUCCGAAUUGUCAAGUGUCAACACAUUGAAAUAAAAGUGCCCAAUAUCAAUAUACAA